AUGAAGGGAAAGAUGGAGCCCGAACAGAGACAGGCCUUGAUUGAGGAGGGCAAGAAGAUCAAGGAGGAGAUCAAUAGCCUGGAGGCAAAAGUGGAUGAGCUGAGCCUGCGGAUGAAUGCUCUCGCGCUAGCUGUGCCGAAUCUGACUCACCCGGAUACUCCAAUCGGUGAAGAGGAGAACGCCACAGUCGUGCGCAUCAAUGGCGAGCCAAGAACAUCUGAGUCGGCUGGCUUUCAGCUGCGAGAUCACUUGGAACUAGGAGAGAUGCUAGACCUCUUCGACUUCGAAUCGGGUGGCAAGGUGAGUGGCCAGAAGUUCCUGUACUUCAAGAACGGCGCUGCCCUGCUUGAACUGGCGCUGGUUCAAUGGGCGAGCCACGAGGCCGUGAAGCGCGGCUUCCAGCCAUUCAUCCCGCCAGAUUUGGUCAGGGCUCCGGUGGUGGCAGGCUGCGGUUUCGCGCCGCGUGACGAUGAAGCCACACAGCGGCUUGGACGAUGCGACUCGGAUCUCUGCCUGGCCGGGACAGCUGAGAUUCCCAUGGCAGGGAUGUUCAUGAACGAGACCUUGAUCGCAUCCAAGGAGCUGCCUAAGAGGCUUGUGGCCUUCAGCCAUGCCUUCCGCACGGAGGCCGGCUCGUCGGGCUCCGAGAAUCGCGGCAUCUAUCGCUUGCACCAGUUCAGCAAGGUGGAACUCUUUGCUGUGACUCGCAGCGACCUGGAAGAGUCCAACGAGAUGUUGGAAGAGAUCAAGAGUUUGGAGGAGGAUCUGUUUACUCAGCUGGGUCUCUGCUUCCGCGUGCUGGACAUGCCCACGGAAGAACUGGGCGCUCCAGCCUAUCGGAAGUUCGACAUGGAGGCCUGGAUGCCGGGACUGGAGAAGUGGGGGGAAAUCUCCAGUUGCUCCAGCUGUAGCGACUUCCAGGCUCGACGUUUGAACAUCCGACACAAAGAGGAGUACAACCAGAAGGGCAACCUGCAGUUUGCCCAUACGCUGAACGGCACGGCCUGUGCGGUUCCGCGCAUGAUCAUUUCCAUCCUGGAGACGUUCCAAAACGAGGACGGUUCCGUGACGAUUCCGGAGGUGCUUCGGCCGUACAUGAUGGGUCUGGAGGUGCCGAGGGAUGGGCCGCAGGGCACUCCGUUCCAGCCGUGGAUGGCAAAUUUUCGAUCGCAGGAGCUUCAAUCAGUUUCUGGCAUUCGUGCCCGAAGCAAAAAGGCUGAACUUGCAGACCAGAGACAUCCUGAAUGCCAGUUGCAACUGCCCAGUAGGCCCCUGGUCAUGGAACCCAGCAGUGGUUUCUAUUGGGAUCCGGUGCUCGUCUUGGACUUCAAAGGCGGACAGGCCUUGGGCCCAGCUGCAAGAUGGGUGCCUGGGAGGCCCAGUGAUGCUGGUAACACCGGAACUCAUCAGAUCGCCUGGGCCAAGGUUCGCAGUGAGCCGUGGCAGCUGGGUGCUGAGGCCCAAGCUCUGGCAGCGAGGGACCCAAGCCUGGAAGAUGAGGCGGUGGAUCCAGCAGUUCGACUGGCUGCCAGCGGUGCUUUAUUCGUGGGCCCUCAAGUCCGCAAGGGCCUGCUGCCGCUGAUGCUCGCAGAGGUCCUGCAGUUGCGCGCCGAGACGAAACGCUUGGCCAAGACGAGUUCUGCAGCGCUGGCGAAGCGUUUGGAGCACAAGCAGUUCGCCUUGAAAUACUUUGCCAACGUGACCUACGGCUACUCGUCGGCCUCCUUCAGUGGACGCAUGCCCUGCUCAGAGAUUGCUGAUGCCAUCGUGGCCACCGGGCGCCGGGCUCUCGAGGAGGCUGCCAAUUUCAUCGAGGCACACUGGGAGGGUGCAAAGGUCGUCUACGGUGACACCGAUUCGGUUUUCGUUCAGCUGAAGGGCUACUCCUUGGAGGAAGCCUUCCAAACUGGCAAGGAGAUCUGUGCCCAGGUCUCUGCCAAGCAUCCAGCCCCAGUGGAGUUGGAGUUUGAAAAGGUCUACAUGCCCUGCUUGUGCCUCACGAAGAAGCGCUAUGGUGGCUUGGCAUACGCCAAACCACCUUCCGAGGGCGGCGCCGGCAAUUUCGAAGCCAAGGGCUUGGAAGCCAUACGUCGCGACCAGUGUCGCAUGGCCAGCAAUGUUCAGAAUGAGAUCCUCAAUGACUUCUUCCGCACCAAGGACCUUUCUUCUGUGAAGAGGAUCUUCAUCGCGCACGCCACUGCCAUCUUGAAAGGUGGAUUGGAUAGCCGCCAUAGCGUGGCCGAUUUCUCCUUCUUCCGCGAAGCGCGCUUGGGCACCUACCGCGCUGAGGCUGAGGAUGGUGGGGGAGCUACACUGCCACCACAGGCAGCCGUGGCGAGGAAUCGCAUUGCCGUGGAGGGUGAGUCCG